CAUCUCCAGCAAAGAGCUGACCGAGCUCAUCGAGCGCCUGCAGAAAAAUGCUGACCAGGUGGAGAAAAACAUCGUGGAGACCGACUCCCGAAUGCAGAAUGACCUGCACAAGAUCAAGUCGUGCCAGCUGGCACAGUACAAGGAGCUGACAGCACAGAAACUCUCUGAGUCGGACAAGCUGCUCUACGUGCUGGACGGGGAUGCGGCCGUGGCCCGGCACAUGAAGCACCCCCAGGGGGACAUGAUCACAGAAGACAUCCGGCAGCUGAAGGAGCGUGUGGCAAACCUGAAAGUGAAACACGAGCAGAUCUACAACUUCCCCUUGCAGCACAUCGAGCCCCAGGUCAACUGGUCAACAGUGAUCGAGGAGAAACAGGAUGCUCUGAGCAGCAAAGGCUUUGGGACUGACCUGCCGCUGGUCAACAGCCAAGUAGAGGAGCACAACAUCUUCCACAACGAGGUCAUGGCCAUCGGGCCCCACAUCGUCAAGGAAGGAAGCAAGGAAAGCAUGAGCGACUUCCAAGCCAAAUACCAGAAGCUGCUGGCCGGCUCGCAGCAGCGGCAGCAGGACCUGCACUCGCUGCAGGAUUACAUGCAGCGCUGCACCAACAAGCUCUACUGGCUGGAUCAGCAGGCCAAGGACAGGACCCAUUACGACUGGAGCGACCACAACCUGGACUACCCCAGCCGGCGCCGCCAGUAUGAGAACUUCAUCCACCGGAAGCUGGAGGAGAAGGAGGAGGCCAUCAACAAGCUGCACGCUGAUGGGGAUCAGCUGCUGGCCCAGAACCACCCCGGGAAGAACGCCAUCGAGGCUCACAUCGAGGCCGUGCACGCCGACUGGAAGGAGUACCUGAACCUGCUCAUCUGCGAGGAGAGCCACCUGAAGUUCAUGGAGGACUUCCACCAGUUUCAGAAGGACGCCAAGGAUGCUCAGGAGCUUUUGAAGAAGGUGGAUACAGACCUGGACCAAAAAUUCAGCCCAGAGUUCAAGGACAGAUACCAGCUGGAGUCCCUCCUCCGGGAGCUGGAUGACCAGGAGAAGGCUCUGGACAAGUACGAGGCCGUGGUGAAGUCUCUGCAGGAGCGCAGCCAGCAGGUGCGAUUGCCAAGCAGUAUGUGAGCGUGAGGGAGAAGACCAACAACUGCAAGAACGUUCUGCAGCAGCGCUAUGAGGGGCUGAAGGCAGACAGCAUUGGAGAUGCUGCAUCAGUUCGGGGACGCCAGCUGCUGGCAGGGCUGGAGAAAGUCACCAGUGACCUGGAGAAGCAGGAGAAAGCAAUAACAGCGAACCUGCGGCCGCCGCUGGAGCAGAGCCGGGCCGUGCAGGACAGCACCGAGCGCUCCAAGGACCUCAAGCAGGAAGAUCCAGGAGUGCGAGGCCUUCAUCGAGUCCGUGCCCAACACGGGCAGCGCCACCCUGGUGAGGAACAAGGUGGACAACACCAACAAGAAGUACGAGCGCGUGGUGCAGCUGCUCAGCGCUGCCCAGGAGAAAGUUGAGGUGGCCACAAACCUGGAGAGGAGCCUCCAGCAAGGCCGAGACCUGCUGUCAACCUAUGAGAACAAGCUGGUCAUAGAUGACACGGUACCGGAGGACUUGAGGGUGGUGGACAGGAAGAAGGAAGAGCUGCUGGCCAUGGGCAGCGAGCUCCAGUCCAAGAAGUUCCUGCUCAGUGAGGCUGAGCAGAACCUGCAGAGGACCAAGACGUGCUCCAACACCCUGGCCAGCAAGUUCCAGGAGCACUGCCCCGACAUCGAGCGCCAGGAGGCCGAGCUCUACAAGCUCAACCAGCGCUUCAACAACCUCAGCAAGCAGAUUGACCACAGAACACAAACCCUGCAGAAAGCAAAAAGUGCCUACUCCAACUACCGCACCAACUACGACAAGGUGAACCAGUUCCUGUGCAACAUCCCCAACUACGAGCCCCAGGAGACUGACAACAUCCAACAAGUGGAGAUGAAGCUCAAGAACCAAGCGGCACUGCUCAAUGACAUUGCAAGCAAGGAACAGGAGGUGCAGAAGGUCUCUGCCACAGCUCAGCAGUACCAGCAGGCAGUGAAGGACUACGAGCUGGAGGCUGAGAAGCUGAGAUCCAUCCUGGACCUGGAGAACGGCCGCAAUGGCUACACCAGCAAGAAGCCCAGGCUGCAGUCCCCAGCUGCCAAAGUGAAGGAGGAGGAAGCUGUUCUGGCAGCCAAAUACACAGAAGUGAACGCUGUGAACAAGCAGAGGCUGCAGAACCUGGAGUUUGCCCAGAGCCUCCUGCGGCAGCAGCCAGAUAUUCAGGUGACACAAGACUUUGCCCAGACCAGAAAGUCUGUAAGACCUGUGGAAGAAGUCUGGAAGUUGAAGAAAGAGCUUGAGGAUGAGACUCAGCGUCGGCAACAGCUCGAGGCAGAGAUUGAAGCCAUUCAGAACAACAUUGUCCACCUGCAAAACCAGAAGCCCCAAGAAACUCUGGUGAAGAAGGAACUGGUGAAGAAGGUGCCUGACCCCCAGCUGGAGGAGAGUUUCCACAGACUGCAGCAAAACCUGGCAGAGGAGCAGCGCAAGAACCAGGCACUCCAGGACGAGCUGGAGGCUCUGAAAAUCCGGCUGCGAGUCCUGGAGCACGAGAAGAGGGAAGGAGGGCAGGAGUACAUAGUGAAAGAGGUGCUGAGGAUUGAACAAGAUAAGGCUCAAGCUGCUGAAAUCCUGAAGCUCAAAGAGGAACUGGAAGAGCUCAGGAGGCAGGAAGGAACCAGGGAGAGUGAAGUCAUCCUCUUGCGCCAGCAAAUUGCUGUGCUGUCCAGCGAGAAGAACAAAGAGCAGGAGAAGGUGACGGAGAAGGAGGUGCUGAAGCUGCAGAACGAUCCCCAGCUGGAGAUGGAAUUCCGGAUGUUGCAGGAGACCAAGGAGAGGGAGAGCGCCCUUCGGCAGAAGCACGAGGAAGAGCUCAGCUUCCUCCAGGAAAAGCUCAAGCGUCUGGAGAAGGAGCGGGCCAUCGCCGAGGGCAAAAUCACCGUCAAGGAGGUGCUGAAGGUGGAGAAGGAUUUGGCCAUUGAGAGGGAGGUGAACGAGCUCCGGCGCCAGUACGAAGAUGAGAAGUCCAAGGGCCGUUCCAACGAGCGGGAAAAGGCUGAGCUGCUCAGGAAGAUCCAGCUGCUGGAGGAGGAGAACUCCAAGGUGGUUGUGCAGGAGAAGGUGCGUGAGAUUGUGCGCCCAGACCCCAAGGCUGAGAAUGAAGUUGCCAACCUUCGCUUGGAGCUGGUAGAGCAGGAGAGGAGGUACCGCGGUGGGGACGAACAGCUGAAGAGCUGCCAGAAUGAGCUGGCUGCUCUGAAGAACAGAGGGCCCCUGGUGGAAGUCAAAGAAGUCAUUAAGGAGGUCAUUAAGUACAAGAAUGAUCCAGAAACCGAAAAGGAGCUACAGCGACUCCGGGAGGAAAUCAUAGAGAGGACCGGAGCUAUCGAAAGAGCUGACCUGGAGAUCUACCAGCUGAAACAAGAGAUACAAGCUUUGAAAGACACCAAACCUCAAGUGCAAAUGAAGGAAGUUGUUCAAGAAAUCCUCCAGUUUCGGGAAGACCCCAAGACUAGAGAGGAGGUAGAGUCGCUGCGAGUGCAGCUGGCAGACGAACAAAUGAAGCACAUUGACCUGGAGAGGGAACGGCUUCUCCAAGAAGAAAAAGUAAGACUGAAGGAGGAAGAACUUUCCCAGGUGAAGGAGAAGGUGGUCCAGCAGGAAGUAGUGAAGUAUGAGCAGGAUCCUGCCUUGAAAGCCGAGGUGAACUCCUUCUCGCAGAGCAUCGAGAGCGAACUGAAGCAGAUCGACGGGCUCCGUGAGGAGCUGCGCAAGCUGCAGAGGAGACGCUCCGAGCUGGAGCGGCAGCUGGAGGAGCUGGAGAAGGAGAGACAGGCCCGCAGGGAGGCCGAGCUGGAGGUGCAGAGGCUCAGGAUCCGGCUGAACGAGCUGGAAGAACAGGAAAGAGAAACGACAGAACGAGUGACUGUGAAACAGAAAGUGAUCCUUCAGCAAGAUCCCCAGCAGGAGAAGGAGCACUCCCUCCUCAAGCUGGAGUUAGAAGAAGAGAAGCACCGCAGGCAAGUCCUGCAAACUGAGCUAGAAGCCCUGAGAAAGAAGCUCCUUUCUUUGGAGAAGAUGGAGGUGAAGGAGAAAGUGGUCUUUUCAGAGAGUGUCCAAGUGGACAAAGGAGACACGGAGUACGAGAUUCAAAAGCUGAAGAGCAACCUGGAGGAAGAAAGUAGGCGCAAGAGGGAGCUGGAUGCAGAUAUCAACCGCCUGGAAACCAGGCUGUCCGAGGUGGAAUUCAACAACUCCAAGUCAUCAAAGGAACUAGACUUGUUAAGGGAGGAAAACCACAAGCUCCACCUCGAGAAACAGAACCUACUCAUGGAAACAAGGAGACUGCAGUCAGAGAUUGAACUCACCGCAACAGAAGCUCAGGAUCUGAGAAACAUGACCCACGUGGACAGUGGGAUAAACCUGGACUCCAGGUUCCAAGCUUUGGAAAGAGAGUUAGAGGAUCUGAAGCAGUUAUCCAGAGAAAAAGAUGCAGAGAUUGAGCAACUUCAGAAUCGCCUGAAGACAGUGGCUAUCAAGAGGGAGCAGCGGGAGAACCACCUGAGGCGCUCCAUCGUGGUCAUCGACCCCGACACCGGCAAAGAGAUGUCUCCAGAGGAAGCUCACGUGUUUGGCCUCAUUGAAUGGAGCCUGUUUGUCAAACUGAAGAGCCAGGAAUGUGACUGGGAGGAGAUCUCAAUAAAGGGUCCCAACGGGGAAUCGUCUGUGAUCCUGGACAGGAAGUCUGGCAGGGAGUUCUCCAUCGAGGACGCCCUGAAGAGCGGGAGGCUCACGGCGGCCCAGUACGACAGUUACCUCAACAAGGAGAUGUCCAUCCAGGAGCUGGCAGUCUUGGUGUCCGGAAGCAACUACACAGCGCUCGCUCCACUCUAGAAACUUCACUUCAAGAGCAGCCAGUGAGAGCUGCAGCACCUUGCAGACACCCAGAUCACUGCAAAGCCUCGCCCUCCUCCGCCUCUUCCAAACCGCUACAGCCUCUGCCCCGGCCAUGCUACGCAGCCACUCCGCUUGUUGUCACACACUGCAGAAACACCGCCCGUAGUGGAAAACAUCUGCCAACCUCCUGAAACCCCUCUUCCUCUCUGCCUACCAGAAAACAAGAGAAAGCCUUAGGACAGUGAAGUGCCUUAAGUCCAAAAGACUCAGUAGAACCUGCAGUUUCCUCAACUCCAACUCACAUAGUCGUGCACGAAGCUGUGUCAGGAGAGAGACUGAAGGUCCAGGUGAGUCCGAGGUGACCAGCAGGAGCUGGUUACAUCAGCUGCAUGGUGAUAAGCCAGACAGUCCCACUGUGGACAACUGACUCAAUGAUGGGCUCAUCCUCUGAGAAAACCAGCUCUGUGGAAACCAAGGUUUCGGCCCAGAAUCACCACGCCAAGACUCACCACCACCGUUUGUUCACCUCUGUGCCUGUGCUGCUGGGGAAGAAUGAAGGUAUAUUUUGAUGGCACCAGCCACUGAUCCAGGAGGAGCAUUCACACACCCCAGAGGUCAAGGAAAAGGACAUGAAGAGAUGGCAGAACCACCAGACACAAGGGGUUGUGCACAGCAUGCAGGGGAAUCCAAUGCAGAGGGCCUCCCACAGGCAGCUCCUUCACUCGUGGUUACAAGCUGUUAGUGCUGGUGUUUUCCUGGAUGGAGUUACAUGCAGCUACAUGUUUCAUUUACUUGUGUAAGGGAAUGGGGAAUAGAGGGGAAUUCUAUUUAUAGUACAAAAUAAAAAUGCAGUGGUUCCAAUCA